UAAGCUAAUGUGUCCAUGUUGUGUGUCAUUACUGCCUCCUAGUGACCACAAUAGUACAUAUCACUUGUAUUGAUAUGCGUUCUGUCCUGACUGAUAAGUACAAAUACGGCUAUGCUGCAAAGUAAGCUAUGGUUCAUCUUCAUGUGAAGAGACCCUCCUCCCAGGCACAUGCGGUAAUUUCAGCAAUGUCCAGUCGUCCCUCACGACAUCGCGGUUCCAAACCGCCCCCUCACUCUAUCACGGUUUUUCACAAAUUCAUUCAUUCAUAAAUGAUCUCCAUUUCCUGGUUGACAACGGUCUAUUAUUAGUCCAAGAAUAUGCAUAUUUAAGCAAAUUGUAUGUAUUUUUUUUGCACAAAUUAAGCAUUUUGAAGCAUAAAAAUGGCUAAAUGAACUAAAAUACAAAUACAGUAUGAGCCAUAAAGACCACCGUUCAACUUGUGAAUGUAGUAUUCUACACUGGUCACUAGAUGUUAGUAAUUAUCCACUGAGACAAGCACCAGACUUGAUUGCUGGAGCAACAAGCUUUUAUUGCAGGUUUAAAUGAUCUCACAGCAGCCACAAUAAUAAUAACAGGGCAUGCUGGGGCGGCCGUAGCCCACCACAAGCUGCAACUCAACUCUGUUAUUUCAUGUCUAGGGGGCUCUAAUAACGUCCAAAAAGUGCAUUUAGAAGAAUUGUAAACAGGUUUUCUAUGCUACAACUACAAAAAUAUUCCAUUCAUAGCUGAAAAUCCCUCAUGACGAUCAGUGUUGGAACCAAUGAACUCCCAUGAAGGAGAAAUUAAUGUUUUGUUUUUACGUACUUCUUUUUACACUGGUAUGAGGUUAAGAUUGUUAAAAGACAAAGACUGAGAUCAAGUUUGAUCUUAAUAUACACUUGUAUAUCAGUUCACAGUGAUACUUACAGCAUUUUUGGUUUUACAGUUUAACAGGUGAAUUAUUUUGACAUGAUCAAUUCUACAUCCACUGUUUUAUGGAUUUAAUUAUUUUAUAUUUCAGAUUUUUUUCAAUAUCGUAUAUGUUUCUGCUUUAGAGGGUCCGCUGUGUUGACGUAAUUUGUCAUUUGACAAACAUCAUACCCAACAUCAUAAACAUCUAUGAAGUUUAAAAAAAAAAGAAAAAAGGGUGAGGGUAUUUUUGUGGUCUGUAAAAAGAAAAAGGGUGAGGGUAUUUUUGUGGUCUGUGCGUGUUUGCUCAUGUCAGGCAGGGGAUGCUGGUACCAGCACCAGAGACCAGAUCAGAGAGCCUACAGGUUGAUAUCUCUCGUUAUUAUACAUAACUACAUACUGUAUGGUAUCUGGGUGGGGUUGUGGAUAUCCGCUUGAACAUCUCUCUGUGGAGUUUGCAUGUUGUGUGUGGAUUUUCUCCCAGGUACGUCUUCCCACAUUCCGAAAACAUGCAUGUUAGCUUCAUUGGAGACUAUAAAUUGUCCAUAAGUGUGAAUGUGAAUGGUUGAUGCUCGGUCCAGGGUAGGGUGUACUCCGCUUCUGGUCCAAAGUCAGCUGGGAUAGGCUCCAGCUCAUCUGUGAUCCUAAUGCAUGGAAUGGAGGAUGUCUAUCAAACAACACUAAAUUACAACAUUGCUUGAAAAAUGACCGGGAAGAGUGUGCCUGAGUGUUAUAAUUUGAGCUCAAAACUAUGCCACGAACAUAUUUUUGAUCUUAUUGUUUCGUACUUCCUGAAAAAUCUUGAUCUGUGCGAAAUGCGAGUGUAUUAUAAUACUUUCCGGAGAUGUGGCGGCCUCUAGCGGUGAAAAGUUGCACCUACGUUGAUUUACCGUCGUUUUCAGCAAACGUGGCAGUGACGUAGAAGCCGGAAAUGCCCCGGAUCGGAACUUUAACUCGGGUUGUUUUUUUUCACACCCUUUUACAGAGAGCCCUCUGAAAAUGGUGUAACUUAUUCACAAAACUGUCCGUCGUCAUUAGCAGAUCCACUCCAAGACGACGGCGUUGCAGUUCUAAGUGUGGGCUGGUGACAGGAUGACUUGCCGUGACCGGACCAUCGAGUUCCAGUCGGCCUGUAAAUCACUCCAAGGCAGACAGAAUGGAGUGCCGCCCAGUAAACCAGCUCUCAGCGCUCUCAGGCAGCGCAGUGACUUUACAGUCAUGGCCAAGAGAAUUGGAAAAGACCUGAGCAACACAUUUGCCAAGCUGGAAAAGCUCACAAUCUUGGCCAAAAGAAAAUCCCUGUUUGACGACAAGGCUGUGGAGAUUGAGGAGCUAACGUAUAUCAUUAAACAAGACAUCAACAGCCUAAACAAACAGAUAGCACAGCUGCAAGACUUGAUCAGGUCGCGUGGUGCUCCGGGUGGCAAACACAUCCAAACCCACUCCAACACGAUAGUGGUGUCCUUACAGUCGAAACUGGCCUCAAUGUCCAAUGACUUCAAGUCAGUCCUGGAAGUCAGAACAGAGAAUCUUAAGCAGCAGCGCAGCAGGAGAGAGCAAUUCUCCCAACCUCCUUCUGCCUCCUCUCCUCUGAUGGCCAAUAACUUCAGGAGCCGCAAAAAAGGGGCCCAGGAGCCGCAUGCAGCUCGCGAGCCGCGCAAUGACUACCAGGGCUUUACAACCUCAAAUGUAAAAGAGAGUUCAGUCCUGAUGCAGGAUGAGUCCAGGAGUCUGGGCGACGUGGCCAUCGACAUGGACUCCCACACUAAUCCCUUGCAGCUCCAGCUUAUUGAUGAGCAGGACUCCUACAUCCAGAGCCGUGCAGAUACUAUGCAGAACAUCGAAAGCACCAUCGUGGAACUGGGUUCAAUAUUCCAGCAGCUGGCACACAUGGUCAAAGAGCAGGAGGAGACCAUCCAAAGGAUCGACUCCAACGUGGAGGACACGCAGCUGAACGUGGAGGCGGCCCACUCGGAGAUCCUCAAAUACUUCCAGUCGGUGUCGUCCAAUCGCUGGCUGAUGAUCAAGAUCUUUCUUGUCCUCGUCAUCUUCUUCAUCAUUUUUGUCGUCUUCCUCGCUUGAAGGGCAAGUGGAGAAAGGAAGCACUUUGCAUGACGGGAAGAGAAGCUAAAGCUCGACUGGCUUUUGAAGGACACGGAAGGGAUGGUUAUACACAAGCUUUGGAUUCUCCUAGAAGAAAUACAAACUUUUCUUAGGAGACGUGAUCUUAAUCGCGCGGAGGAAUGGACAACUUUUUCCUCAAGAAGUUCUCUUAAAGCCCCACUUUUGUAGUGCGUGAAUAGAAAGCUGCUCCGACUUCGACCAAUUAUUCAUAAACAUUUAAUCCAAAUGGCUUUAAAUUAAUGGUUUGAUUCUCCAAACUGUCUUUUUUUUAUUUAGUUUCUCACGUUUUGUUCCACCCCUUUACUGUUUAUGACUUUACUGUUUCCAAGCCAAACUGCAAACUCCCCCUCAGACUGCUUUGCCUCUGAGAUGAUGCUCAUUUUUCAUCAGUGUUUCUUUUUUUGUUUGUUUUGGGGGGGGGUUCCCCCCUCUGGUGACAAUGUGAAAUAUUUUUAGAUAUGUUUUGUUUAUUUGCCAAAUGUAUAAAGGAGCAGUGGCACAGCUGACGCAAUAGUCGAGCACAAGCAGACCAGCUCAGGAGAACUUUGCUGACAGAAGCCCCAGCUGGUCCAAGUACGAAAGACUGCUUAUGCAACUAACAGAGCAUUUUGGAAUGAAACCAUACGGACCCGGUGGUCCACAGAGUUUCCAGUCUUCAAAAAAAAAAAGUUUUCAGGUUUGACAUCAGUACUUAUGAAGGGGUUUGAAGGCACCCUAACCAACCCUGGAAGUGUCUUGUUUGGAUGUCUCACACACAGACUCCCCUCUUGAUCUCAUGUACAGGAUGUUAUUUAAAUGACCAAUUUUUAAGAAGAAAGAAUUCAUUCUUCCACAUUUUUUUUUUUUUAGCUGACUGCCUUACCUUCUGUGUACAAAGUGCAAAUAGUGACAACGGUGUAUUGAUCGGAAAAUGCAUAUGAAUAAAACAAUAAUAGGGUGCUGGCA